CAGUCUGUGUCUUGUUGCGAAUUUCCCAAGGAUUGGAGCGAAGAAAAAAGAGAAAAGAAGAUCGGAGAUGGCAUCGACAGCGGCGGUUCCGUUCUGGAGAGCGGCGGGGAUGACUUACAUCACCUACUCAAACAUUUGUGCGAAUCUCGUGAGGAACUGUCUCAAGGAGCCUUUAAAAGCCGAAGCCCUAAAUCGCGAGAAGGUUCAUUUCUCGCUCUCCAAAUGGGCUGGCGGAAAGCCUGAGAAACCAAUUCUGCGUUCUGACACGCCUGGAGUUUGAGAUUUUUAACGUUUUGAUAUCAAGUUUGAGGUUAAUAAUGGUGAGGAAUGCAAGAUAUUGUGUACUCUGCAACAUUUCCCUUCUUUGACUUUAAGAUUGUUAACAAUGGAGUUUGAGUGAGACAGACCUCAUUCCAAUCUUGAAACUUGUGUGUUAUUUUCUUGUUUUACCUCUAAACUCUUUUAUAUUUUUCUAUGCAAAUAAGCAAACAAUUCUAUACA